AUGUUACCAUUUGCUUGGCCUUAUCCACCAGAACAAAAAAAUGGAUUUUGGGGAAUACCUACAUCAACAAUAGAUUGGUGUGAAGAAAAUUAUGUUGUUUCCACAUAUAUAGCAGAAGCAUUAAAUACUUUAACUAAUUCAGUUUUUAUAGCAUUAGCUAUAUUUGCUAUAUAUACAGCUUAUAAAAAUCAUUUAGAACCAAGAUUUAUUUUCACUGCUUUAGGUUUUUUAUUAGUUGGUGCAGGGUCAUGGAUGUUUCAUAUGACUUUACAAUAUAAAUAUCAAUUAUUAGAUGAAUUGCCAAUGAUUUAUGCUACUUGUAUUCCCUUUUGGUCUGUUUUUAGUGAACGUAAAUCAAAACAAGAAUCUAUUGCUAUUGCAAUUGGAAUUUUCACUGCUGCUAAUACUUUAACUGGAAUUUAUUUACAUUUUAGAAAUCCAACUAUUCAUCAAGCUGCUUAUGCUAUAUUAAAUGGAUUUAUUAUUAUAAAAUCUAUAAUUUUAACAAGAGAAAAUGUUUAUGAUAAAAAGGCAAAACAACAAUUACAAUAUUGUGCAAUAUUUGGAGUUGGUAUUUUCUUGUUUGGUUAUUUUUUAUGGAAUUUAGAUAUUCAUUUUUGUGAUCAAGUAAGGUUUACAAGAAGACAAUGGGGGAUUCCAUACGGGUUUGUAUUGGAAGGUCAUGGUUGGUGGCACAUAUUUACAGGUACUGGAGUAUAUUUUUCAUUAAUUUAUGAAGAAUACCUUAGAUGUUUUAUGACUGGAACUGAAAAAUUUUAUGAAUUUAAAUAUGUAUGGGGAUUACCUGUUGUUUCAUGUAUUGAUCCUCAUGGAUUAGAGAGAUAUAGAUCAGUUCAAGAAUUGAAACAUGAAGAUGAAUUGGUUUCACAAGAAGAUAAAAAGAAACAGUAA